AUGCGGUUCUGGAGGGGGACUGGGGACCUGUCCCGGGCUCAGCUCUUGUUUGUGCUGUCGUGCUGCGAUACCGACCACAACAAACCUGGCUGCAUUCGAGGUGCCGCCCGGGAGGUGUGCGAGGGCGAGGAGGCCUUUCCCGGGGAGCCGCCGAAAUGCCCCUCUUCCAGUGGAAAGCCUAAUCACGCAGAUAUCCUGCUUGUAAACUUACAGUAUGUUUCAGAAGUGGAAAUAAUUAAUGACCGCACGGAAACACCUCCUCCUUUAGCUUCACUCAAUGUUAGCAAGCUUGCCAACAAAGCGCGGACGGAGAAGGAAGAGAAGAUGAGCCAGGCGUAUGCAAUUAGUGCUGGUGUCUCUCUGGAGGGGCAGCAGCUCUUCCAGACUAUACACAAGACCAUUAAAGACUGUAAAUGGCAGGAGAAGAACAUAGUUGUGAUGGAAGAAGUCGUUAUCGCCCCUCCCUAUCAAGUGGAAAACUGUAAAGGCAAAGAGGGAAGCGCGCUGAGUCACGUACGCAAAAUAGUGAGUACGGGCAGGGGGGGCUACUCCCUGCAGCACAGCAAGGAGGACCGCCUGGCUUACCUGAACCACCUCCUGGGGGGGGAGCUCGCCCUCCAGCUCCUCUUCAUCCUCUACGGCCUCCUGGCCCUCGCCUUCCUCUCCGGUUACUACGUGCGGGCGGCGGCGCAGGUGCUGGCGGUGCUCCUGCCCCUCGCCAUCCUCCUCAUCGACGGCAACAUCGGCUACUGGCAUGACUCGCGCCGGGUCGAGUUCUGGAAUCAGAUGAAACUCAUCGGGCAAAACGUUGGGAUUUUCGGAGCCGUCGUCAUCCUG